CUUCUGCAGGAUGAGUCUUCUUACAUUUUCGUAAGUGUUACCCAAGAAGCAGAAAGGGAAGAAUUUUUUGAUGAAACAAGACGACUUUGUGACCUUCGGCUUUUUCACCCCUUUUUGAAAGUAAUUGAACCAGUAGGCAACCGUGAAGAAAAGAUCCUCAGUCGAGAAAUUGGUUUUGUUAUUGGCAUGCCAGUGUGUGAAUUUGAUAUGGUUAAAGAUCCAGAAGUCCAAGACUUCCGAAGGAACAUUCUGAGUGUGUGCAAAGAAGCCGUGGACCUGCGGGAUCUCAACUUGCCUCACAGCAGAGCGUUGUAUGUCUACCCUCCAAAUGUGGAGUCUUCCCCAGAGCUGCCAAAGCACAUCUACAGCAAGUUAGAUAGAGGACAAAUCAUAGUGGUGAUUUGGGUCAUACUCUCUCCAAAUAACGACAAGCAGAAAUACACUCUGAAGAUCAACCACGACUAUGUGCCAGAGCAAGUCAUCGCUGAAGCAAUCAGGAAGAAGACCCGCAGUAUGCUGCUGUCCUCUGAGCAGCUGAAGCUCUUCGUCCUGGAGUACCAGGGCAAGUACAUCCUGAAGGUGUGCGGCUGCGAUGAGUACUUCUUGGAGAAGUACCCUCUGAGCCAGUACAAGUACAUAAGAAGCUGUAUAAUGCUGGGGAGGAUGCCCAACUUGAUGCUGAUGACCAAAGAAAGCCUUUACUCCCAGCUGCCAACCCACAGCUUCACCAUGCCGUCCUACUCUAGGCGCAUCUCCACGGCCACACCCCAUAUGAACAGAGAGACACCUACCAAGUCCCUCUGGGCUAUAAAUAGCGCACUCAGACUCAAAAUUCUUUGUGCAACCUAUGUAAAUGUAAAUAUUCGAGACAUCGAUAAGAUCUACGUUCGAACAGGUAUCUACCAUGGAGGAGAGCCUUUAUGUGACAAUGUGAACACUCAAAGAGUACCUUGUUCAAAUCCUAGGUGGAACGAGUGGCUGAAUUACGACAUAGACAUUCCUGAUCUUCCUCGAGCCGCUCGACUUUGCCUUUCCAUUUGCUCUGUUAAAGGCCGGAAGGGCACGAAGGAGGAGCACUGCCCAUUGGCCUGGGGAAACAUAAACUUGUUCGAUUACGCAGACACCCUGGUAUCCGGGAAAAUGGCUUUGAACCUCUGGCCG